CUGUCAAAACAAAAAAAGCCACCAUCCAUCCGAUGAGCGCGUAGAAAGUAUCGUGUUUUAGCAAACUAGAUUGUGGUCUAUUUUCCUAGAUUUUUUGGCUGGAGAUCCACUUAUCCUAUUUAGAAAGUGCAAGUGCUAAAGUUCCAUUACCGCGGGAACAACUCACCUAAAGGUUCCAUUCAGAGAACACACAAUGGGAACGAAACGCAAGGCCGUAGAUGAGAUCCUUGAGAUUCCCAGUGACGACGACGAUGGCAACGAUAGCGACGUCCAGAUUCAGGAGAAGCCCAUACCUAUCGUCACCGUCGACGACGAUGAAGAUUCUCCGAAGCAACCGACCAUUUCACAUUCCACUCCGGUGCGACCGUCCCCGGAUGGCGAAGAACAAGCGCCCCGUAUAAAAACUCUCGAGACGCCUCCGGCUCCCAACGUUAGCUCCUCCAGUGUGGAAACGAAGGAACAGCAAGCCAUGCCGCCAGUAGAUGAAAAAAUGACUUCCGAUAAUGUGCUGUUGAGUAUGAAGUUCCGGAACCAGGAGCUGUUCCAACUGUUCAAGGGUUCACUUUCGGAGUACCUCAAGACGACGUUCCAGCUGAAGAUGGGCGGAGAGGAAGUGGACAUCGUUCAGCAGGCGGAACAGUUUUCCAUCCAGGUACUGUCGAAAACCUACUGCCAGGAAUCCGACCCGGUGAAAGCCGCUUCUGCGGAGUGCAUUACACCGGUGCAGAGCAAAGCCGCCCUCCCGGUCGCCGACAAGCAGGACACUCCAAAGGCAAACACCGAAGGUGACACCGCCGGAAUGUUCGUCAUAGACUCAACCCCUGCCAAAACGGCCAAGGGUGGUCCAAUCAUUCCGAGCUACAAAAAAGCACUGCAGAAGGUCCUGGACAACUCUCCGUCGGCGGCGGCGUCCGGCGAUAGUGCCACCAAGAAGCCCAAACCGAAGCAGAACUGUUGGAACUGCGACGGGGACCACGGAUUGAAGGACUGCAAAGAGCCGCGGAAUUUCGCCAAGAUUGACAAAAUGAAACAGGCUUUCAUGAAGACCAAGGACCGGUACCAUGUGGAUUUGGAGCAGAAGUAUGGCCACAUUGUUCCCGGCAGGCUGACCCACGAACUGCGCCAGGCUCUCGGAUUGAGAAAGCGGGAUCUCCCAGUGCACAUCUACCGCAUGCGGUUGUUUGGAUAUCCUCCCGGUUGGUUAGAAGACGCCAAAAUUACCCAUUCCGGAUUGCAGUUAUUCAAUUCCAACGGUGAUCCGGUACAGGACUCGGAUGAAAGUGAUGGAGAAGUUGACACGGUCAAACCCACCAAGUACGAUGUGCGGAAGAUAAUCAGCUUCCCAGGUUUUAACGUUGAUGCCGGUGAUGAAUAUAUCGACAACUCAAAGUUCUACGGUGUCCCGCCACGGAUGGGCCACCAAAGCCGAGACGAAAUGAUCCGGAAUCUGGAGGGAACGCUCGUCCAGGGAUAUCGACGGAAGAAACUUCGACUGGAGAGCACGGCACAAGUCGACCUCGAUCGUGAUCCAGCGGAUAUGGAUCUGGACAAUCCGGAUGAAAGUUACGUUACCCUGGAUUCGGUGGGUGAUUGCGACAGGCUGGAAUGCCUCGUCACGGGAAGUCAGUCCAGCUCACUGCCGUCGUUCAAUGGAAGUAUUGCCGGUCAACGGAAUCCACCGAAGAUGGCGGAGGACGAACCGGAAGAAGGCGAAGUGGAUGAGGAGGAAGAGCAGAUGCAUCCUCGGAAUAAGCGAGAGCAAUACAAAACGGUGGAGAACGGAGAGGACGAAAGUGCAAAGGAUGAUAGCUUGAUCCUGGUGGAAGAGGAGACGGAAGUUAUUUGUUUGGAUGACACUCGUGCAGAUUCGCCAUCUUUGGACGACCUGCGAAGAAAGCAGGAAGAGCUUUUAACACAGCUGGAAGCGCAGAGCCCCCGCGUCAACAAUGCUCCAGACGUAUCAAAUGAAGAUUCUCUCCUCGAGGACGUUUUGGAGGCUGAAAAGCUAGCGGAGGAACAAGAAUCAAACGAAGUCACAUCACAAUCACCUGCCAAUCCCAGAUUGAUACCAUCGCGGCGCAUGUUUGCGAUAGGUCUGAUGGGCCCUCCUCCCCUUCCGGCAGCGCCACCCCCACCUUCAGAAUCAGCGAAUGCCGACCGUCCACCGGAACCCGAAUUUCUCAAUUUGGAUGAAAUCAAGAUGACAAAAACCCCAUUCAUUGACGAUCCCGCCUCGAUGGGGCUGAAGAAGAUGUCCCUGGGGACGCCCAUCCUGACGCCGUUCACCCCCUUCAACACGCUGCCCUGCGGAGAGGCUUUCUCCAAAGGCGUCAGUGAUGUGAUUAAUUUUGAAAAUCUGCCCAACUCCACCGGUAAGUACGAACGGAUGAAAUCGCUCCUGUCGAAGGUACGUAACGUCAUUACGGCUCACAAUGGCGAAAUGGACGAAGAUAGUAGAUAGCCGGAGGAUGACCGCGGCGGAAUGAGUGAAGAAGGUGAAAUUGAGUGAAUGCGUGAUUUUCUUUUUUUAGAAAUAAACAGAGAUUAGCAUGAUUGAAUAAAUGUAAGUCCGCAAUGAGAAAAAAAUGAUUUGAAUCAACUAUUGUACUUUGAACCUUUAAAUAAUAUAAUAUAAUAAAAACAGAAAUAAAAUGUACAAUUUUAUGACGGUUUGAACAUGGA